AUGUCCAGCGAUCUCCUCGACGAAAUCGCAUCCAUCAACUCCAUCUACGGCGACAAUACCCUCUCUCCCAUCAAUUCCUCCCCUAACAUCCACUCCCUAACCCUCCCCUCCCUCCCAUCCGUCUCUCUCCGUCUAGAAUUCCCUCCCGACUACCCCACAACACCUCCCUCCAUCCUCGGCACGCAAUCCAUCGGCAACGACCUCCCCAAAGGCAUCGGGAUUCAAAUCGUGGAAAUCAUGCACGCCCUCCUCGCGGAAAUCUUCAUUCCCGGCGCCCCGGUCAUCUUCGACCUCAUAGAAGAAAGCAGUCUGAAACUCGCCCAUCUCGGCGACACAAAUGCCUUGUUCACGACGACGACGGCGACGACGACGAGCGAGGGAGAAACAUCAUCACAAAUUCCUCUUUCUCCUUCCCAUCCACGGAGUUUAAACGAUCAACAUUCUUCUUCAAAUCCAGAAGCAGCACAUAUCCCAUCCAAUACUCCCACCCAACAAAAUCCCCCCCUCUCACAACAACAACAACAACAACAACAACCACCCUGGACCCUCUCCUCAAGCAUAACCUCCAAAAAAYCCACCUUCCUCGCGCGCGCAGCCCCCGUAACAUCCGUCCAACAAGCCCAAUCCUACAUAACGCACCUCCUAACCACGGACAAAAAAGCCAGCAAAGCAACCCAUAACAUUUCCGCCUGGAGGAUUCUAGGGGCAGGGGGUGUAGUAUUUCAGGAUUGUGAUGAUGAUGGGGAGUCCGGAGCGGGCAGCAAAUUGUUGGGAUUGUUGGAGGUUAUGGGGGUUUGGGGGGUUGUGGUUGUUGUUUCGAGGUGGUUUGGGGGGGUGUUGUUGGGGCCGGAGAGGUUUCGGGUUAUUUGUGCUUGUGGGAGGGAUGCUGUUGUUAGGGGUGGGUUUGUUAUUGGGGAGGGCAAGGAGAGGAGGAAGUAG